AUGGCUGGAAAACAAGACCAUCAAGAGUUAGCACUGCUCGGAACCAAUACCCCUAUCCACGAGAAACCUACCGAAGAAUCCACCGACACCUCAAAAGAUGUCCUCGAUGAUCAUGAGUAUCCGGAGCUCUUAUCUCUUAUGGCAAUUAUGACCGCAUUGUACCUUGCCAUUUUUUUAGUUGCUUUAGACCGGACCAUUAUUGCUACUGCCAUCCCACGAAUUACCGACGAUUUCCAUGCAUUGGACGAUAUUGCCUGGUAUGGAAGCGCCUACCUCCUCACCAGCUGUUCCUUCCAAUUGCUCUAUGGUCGCAUCUACACCUUCUACAGCCCCAAAUGGGUGUUCCUCUGCGCCAUCAUCUUAUUCGAGAUUGGCUCUGCUGUUUGUGGUGGUGCGCCGACAUCUACAGCGUUUAUCGUCGGUAGAGCUAUAGCUGGUUUGGGCUCCUGCGGUAUCUUCUCCGGAUGCAUUGUCAUCAUCACCGAUGCUGUACCGUUGCAAAAACGACCAAUGUUGACUGGCUUGAUGGGGAGUUUGUUUGGUAUCGCCUCAGUUGUGGCUCCUCUUAUAGGUGGUGCUUUCACGGAAAAGGUGACGUGGAGAUGGUGCUUCUAUAUCAACUUGCCUAUUGGCGCAUUAACUAUCCUGGUUAUACUGUUUAUCUUGAAAGCCUCUCCGCCACCAAAUCCAAGCCCGGCACACACUUUAAAGGAACGACUCCAUCAACUCGACCCAUUUGGUACAGGGACGUUUCUUCCGGGUAUGAUUUGCUUGCUUUUAGCAUUGACUUGGGGAGGCGUGACUUAUCCCUGGAACAAUGGACGUAUCAUUGCCCUCUUUGUUCUCUCUGGCGUACUUCUGAUUGCAUUCGUGCUGAUACAAGUGUGGGAAGGAGAAACGGCUUCCGUACCACCUCGACUCGUAAAGAAGAGAACGAUGUCUGCAGGUUUCUUCUUCACUUUUUGCGUCGGUGGAACCAUGUUACUGGUUGUUUAUUAUCUCCCCGUCUGGUUCCAAGCCAUUAAGGGAGCUAACGCAGUGAAAUCGGGUAUCAUGAAUAUCCCGUUGGUCUUAUCUCUUGUUGUCGGCACAAUCCUCGCCGGAGCUGCAGUCACAAAUAUUGGCUAUUUCACCCCUUUCAUGAUCGCUGGCAGUGUUGUGAUGGCUAUCGGCGCCGGUCUUCUUACUACAUUUACCACGAAUACCGGACACAGCAAAUGGAUUGGCUAUCAGGUCAUAUUUGGUCUCGGUAUUGGCAUAGGUAUGCAACAAGGCAGCGUUGCCGCGCAGACAAUCUUGGAAAGAAAGGAUGUACCAACAGGUGCAUCCAUAAUGAUGUUAGCACAAUCUUUGGGAGGCUCAAUAUUCCUCGCUGUGGGGCAAACGGUCUUCAGUAACGGUCUUUCCAGUCAUUUACAAUCAUACGUACAGGGUCCAGAAGCUGCAAAUAUCAUUAGUAUGGUAACCCAAGCUGGCGCAACUGGGUUCCGCAGAUUGUCAGGACUUAGUCCUGAAGAUUUAUCCGCGAUACUGAGUGCUUACAACAAGGCUAUCGUGGAUACGUUCUAUGUCUGCGUGGGACUUGCAAGUGUUUCCAUCAUCGGUUCACUUGCAACAGAAUGGGUUAGUGUCAAAAAGCAAGGAGACAACAAAGAGCCUGCCGAAAAGAAAGGGCAAGAAGUGUCGUAA